CUAUCUUCUCAAUUCAAUCCUCGUCACCCUUCUUCCUUCCUCUAUUCCCUCUUGUGUACUCUGUCAUCUGUUCGACAGCGAUCUAACCACCAUUUCCUGUCCUUGAACCGAUCUACCCUGGUUUGAGGACACCAUUCUUCGCAGUGAAUCUCCCUCUAACUGCCAUCAACUAACAACCCUGGUCAAAGACACUGCGACCUGCGUCGUAUUGCACAGUUCCAGAGCUUUCGACAAUUCACACCUCCUUGCGUCUCUCAUUGCUUGCUCUACUAUCCAUCAAGACAGCACAGACCUCCUCCUGAUCUUCUUCACUUUCUCAUCUCCAUAUCUACGCAUAUCUUCUCCCUCCAACCCUACUUACCAUUCUCCGAUCCGGUGGUCCUCUCUUUCAUCCAGAUCAAUCCGAUAGGCUCUAGCAGGACAAACAUAUAUCAAUGGUUGCGUGGAUCUGGCGUCGUGGGACUGCUGUGGAAGGAGCACAAUGAAACAAGGGCAUAGGAACAAGCGCAGGCAUUGCUGCCUUCUUGCUCCAGCUUUCAAUACAUCAUCCCUCCCAUUAGGUGGAAUACCCUCAAGACAGGAUCACCAAUUCUUGUCUAAUCAUUCAGGCUUGAGAGCCAUUAAUACCAUCUACACCCUCAAUUUCUAAUCCGCCCUACUCCAUUGAUGGUUUAUCUGGGGAAAACAUGAUCUCCGUUCCAUAUCAUUCACAUGUGGAUAUGGCGUCCACCAGAGAUCCAAAACUUUUACACCGACUUCCCGACAAUCUUGGUCCCCGGCAAUAUGCCAUCCCAGCCCAAACCUCCCUGCGUCACUCUGGCCGGCAGACAUCAACAUCAGGUUUGUCGUAUCUCGAGCAUGAGAUGCUGCGACAACGCAAGACCCCCAACGGCCUGCUCCUCGAACACGACCCAGUCUCCCUAGACAAAAACGUUCAGGUUCCUGCUUUGAAGCAUGUCAUUCUAUCUUCCGCCCCUGGCUAUCAACCAGUCGACAACCUCCUGACCCUGACAUGGUCAGAUUUAAACCCACCUUACCAGCCAGCAACUUUUGGUACGUCAAGCACUGAAAGAGGUGUAAACCAACAUCAUCCAUAUACCUUGCCUAAAUCGUCACACCGAGCUGCCUGGGAUUUCCCUGGUGGUCUUGACUCGGUGCUCAACCAGGCCCUCCCGUUGCAGCCCUCCCAAAGAUACUAUGUCCAGCCAGGUUCCAAUGUGCCCACGGUGCUUCCUGCAACGCUUCACGCACAGUUUGGUCCAACCGCCUCGGCUGGUCAGGAGCUGUAUGGGCCUUACUGGCCAGAUGGUACCUACAAUCCCUACCGCCCGGCCGCCAUCAGGGACAGCCGUUUGUUCCCCCGUCCUCCAACCGAGCAAUUCCCCCUCGAUCACCUCCACCGGCCACUGGCUCUGCAGCACGGCAGUCGGUUGCCGGCUAUUGGAACCCAUGCAUAUCAUGCCCAUGAUCCAUGUCAGCUGAUGAAUCCACGGCUUUUACCAAUGGAAUCACCUCUAUCAUCAAAGUGGGACAUGCAGCAAGUUAUCUAUCCCAAUCAACAGCAACAGCAACAUCAACAACAGCCAUACAAGCCACAUUACACUCCUUGCGACCAUCCUCUCACGGGCUCUGCGUCCAUAACAAGGCCUGUGCUAGGCCCCUUGAGACCCGGGGUUGGCUCUGAGCGCAUCACAUUCCGGGACAAAUCUUUUGCAUGGGCAAAUCGAAUCUACACCGACCUACUGGAGACCAUCCGGCUUAACAACAAGAAUCAGAGAGGUCGGUCUGCCUCUCAUGCAUCCUCCAACAAUAAGUUGCCAAUAUUCCCCAAACCUCCGAAGAGAUCAGGCUCUCAUUUUCAAGAGCACCCCUCCGACAAGUCGGUACGAAAUGACAAUCUUCCACCGCCAUUUAUGAGGACGCACAGCGACUCGAGCGUCCACGACUCUCCUUCCAGGCCCCGAACUGCCAUUUUUCAGCCUCAGGGCAUCAGUUUUUCCGAUUCACGGCAACUUCGUUCUGAUUUCACUGUUGGCCAGUCCUCGGCCACUGACUAUCAUCAGAAUGAUAGAACAUAUUCUGCACUUCAACAUCAUUCUCAAGUUCAUACCCCCCCUAUCAAGCGUCCGCCAACCUUUGAAGAGGCUACAAGUGCUCAGCGAACUAUAGAGCUGCUUUGCCAAGAAGCUGAUACUCCCUGGGUAGAUGGCAUGCUUUUGGCUGGCUGUUUAGCAUAUGGUUUGGGCAAUUUCGCAAAAGCCGAGGAAUGGUAUCUGUCCGUUCUCAAACAGGACAAGGGUCACAUUGAGGCUAUGUCUAACCUUGCGGCCACAUAUCAUGCUCUUCAUCGCCAAGACGAAGCCCUGAGUUAUUGGUUCGAGGCUGUCAAGCUGCGGCCCAGUUACUUCGAAGCUGUGGAACAUCUCAUUGGCCUUCUUUGCGCCAGUCAACGAGCUGCGGAGGCUGUUCAGGUCAUUCAAUAUAUCGAACAUGCGCUGAAGAUUCGUCCCAAUGCCAAAACCACGUCCUGGAAUGAGUCUAGCGAUGCAGAGAGUGAUACCAGAAGCCAUGCUUCGAGUAUCACAACCAUCAUGUCAUAUGAGAACGCUCAGUACGACUUUGAUCCAGAUCACACUCAUCGCGCUUCUGACCCUGGUCCUGAACCUUGUGCCCCAGGAUUUGGCUCUAGCGGAUUUGCGAUCUCCGGUAAUGACAACGGCCGGAUGCUGGCUCUCAUACAUGCCAAAGGCAACAUGUUGUACGCACUCAAUAAUAGUCACGGUGCGGCUUCUGCAUUUGAGGAUGCAGUUUUGAUUGCCACUGGUCAGAGGAAGGAUGGUGUUCGAGGUCUGAUAUAUGAGAUUCUAAAAGCGUGCCUGUCAACAACCAGAGAUCGAGACUAUAUCCGAUCCAAGCUCGAGGGCAAAGAGCCCGUUCUACUCACGCCAGAACAUGCAGAAGCUACUGCUAGGCACAUGUUCGCGCCAGACGGAAGCUUGCCAGGCCUAAAAUACGUCGAUCCUCCUUAUGCGAGGCAGGCCGCUGUUUCAACGACGAGCAACUCUUUGCUGUCACUCGCUAAAAUCUAUCAAGACGGCAUGUCAAAUGCCACCAACAUCGGUAGUCUGAAGUCUCCAAGCACGCGCGAUAUCUUGGCUUUAUACUACUUGUCUCUUUCGCUUCAACGGAGUCCAUCGACGGCUAAUAAUGUUGGGAUCCUUCUCGCGGGUGUCCAGCAAACGGUGCAUCCUACUCAUUUGGCCGAGUCAAACUUCUCUCAGAUUUCCAACAUCGCGGGAGUAGUUGCAGGCAGCGGCAUAUCUCUUGCUUUAAUGUACUACAACUACGGCCUUAACAUCGAUCAGAAACAUGCGCACCUCUUUACAAACCUGGGCAGUCUUCUCAAAGACAUUGGUCAGUUAGGUGCGGCGAUCAAAAUGUACGAACGAGCUGUAAAUUGCGAUGGGAAGUUUGAUAUUGCAUUGGCAAAUCUUGCCAAUGCGGUUAAAGACCAAGGUCGUGUCGCCGAUGCCAUCACUUAUUACAAAAGAGCCGUCACUGCCAACCCAGAAUUUGCCGAGGCAGUCUGUGGAUUAGCAACAGCCCUAAAUUCAGUAUGCGACUGGAACGGUCGUGGUGGCAUUUGUGUACGAGACCCACAACGUGAUCGCCUCCAUGUCGAUGACCAAGGAAUGCGACACGAACCGACAAGAUCAUAUGGUUGGAUCAGCCGAGUUGUCAACAUUGUCGAGAAACAACUGAAAGAUGGAGAGAUGUGGGGCUGUGGCACCCUGACCCCGACGAUCAUUGAUUCAGUCUCCCACCAGCUCACUGUCCACCGACAGUUCUCAAAGUCCGGCAAUCACCAUGCCCUUGUCAACUCCUUGAAAGAGGCUCUGCAACAGUGGUCCGGGAAAAAAUGGGAAGGAUCUCGACUGGUGAGAUUGGUGGAGAAGACGAUCCAGAGGAUUGGAUGGCAGUGGUAUCAAGACCGCUAUAAAGACCACAAAGAGUAUCCUAUUUGGAAGUACACGCGGCCAACUCUUCCAAACGCCAUCUCGCCGCCGUCAGCACCUACAGUUCUUCCUUUCCAUACAUUUACCAGCCCCUUGUCAGCAAAGGAGGUGAGACAGAUCUCGCAACGCAAUGCUUUACGAAUCUCAGUCUGCACUCUUCGAUCGGUAUGGCUUCCAAGAACAGUAUACCCACCUCCACCUCCUCCUCGGCCUUGUCUCAAUGUGGGAUACGUCAGUUCCGAUUUCAACAAUCAUCCACUUGCACAUUUGAUGCAAUCUGUGUUUGGUUUGCAUGACCCCAGAAGCGUGCGGGCAAUUUGCUAUGCAACAACAGCAUCAGACUCCUCUACUCAUCGACGACAAAUCGAACGCGAGGCUCCUAUUUUCCAUGACGCGUCUUCAUGGGGCGUGGAGCGUCUGGUCAAUCAGAUUGUUCAAGAUGAGAUCCAUGUGCUUGUAAAUCUCAAUGGAUACACCCGAGGCGCGCGAAAUGAGGUGUUUGCCGCACGGCCUGCACCAAUUCACAUGUCGUUUAUGGGCUUCGCGGGUACUUUGGGAGCAGAGUGGUGCGACUAUGUGUUUGCGGAUUCGAUUUCAGUCCCAUCAGAGACUCUGUCCCCUUGGAGACGAAAUGUCGACCUCGAAGACCGCCUGCGUCCGGAUGCCUUGGCCGAAGAUGCUGAAGACUGGGUUUACGCCGAAAAUGUUAUCUUCGCUCGCGACACUUUCUUCUGCGUUGAUCACAAGCAAAGUGCACCCGAUGCUGCCAAUGGUCGCCCAAAUUACAAGGACUCUGCCGCGAAAGAUGACGCUUGGGAGGAAGAACAAACGAGACGUUGGAAAUUGAGGAAGGAGUUGUUCCCAACCCUUUCAAACACUGCAGUGAUCCUCGGAAACUUCAAUCAAUUGUACAAGAUCGAUCCUUCGACAUUCGCCAUGUACUUGGACAUACUCAAGAGGGUCCCUAACGCCAUAUUAUGGCUCUUACGCUUCCCCGACCUAGGAGAGCAAAACUUGCUCCGCUACGCACAGAACUGGGCUGGCCCAGAGGUCGCUCAGAGAAUUAUCUUCACUGAUGUAGCGGCAAAGGGUGCGCACAUCACUAGAGCUUCGGUGGUUGAUCUUUUUCUUGAUACUCCUGAAUGCAAUGCCCAUACGACUGCAGCCGAUGUCGUCUGGUCGGGCACACCGAUAGUGACGUGGGGAAAGUGGAAAUACAAGAUGUGCAGUCGAAUGGCAGGGAGUAUUGUUGCGAGCGCACUACCAGAGGGCAAAGCUGGUGACGAAGCUCGCUCGGACUUAUUGGUCCGAAGUGAACGGGAGUACGUCGACACUGCUUGCGAUCUUGCCCGGGGAUUACGUUAUCCUGGGACAGAGACGAAUGGGAAAAGGUUAGGUCAUGGGAGAGGCAGACUCAUGGACCUUCGGCGUAUGUUAUGGGAAGGGCGUUGGACGAGUCGUUUAUUUGACACCGAGCGUUGGGUCAGAGACGUGGAGCGGGCGUACUGGGCUGCAUGGAAAAAGUGGGAACAAGGAGAAGGUGGCGAUAUUUGGCUGUAACGAGCUCGAUCCUUUAUGGCACUCUACACCCACUCUGAACACAACGACAUGAAGGGUAUUGACGAGAAGAUGAAUUAUGAUGAAUUAUGAAUGCAACAACCCCAGGUUGCCGAGGACAUGGAGCCUUGAAAUGAAUGGCGUCAAAAUGGGGUUUCGGCAAGGAUCUGCCAGGAGCGGUCAAACAAGUAGCCAGUCGUGGGACUUGAAUCAACUAGAAGAUUCACGUUGAAGAAAGUUGAAGCUAAGAACUCUGAUACAGAAGCGAUAACAUUCUCAACUAUGGAUCUAGGAAUAGCCUGAAUAAGUAGGCUAUGCCAGAGGCUAUCGCUUGUCUCUCUAUGUUUGACAAGCCAGUGUGUUGCUAAACAGCACUUAGCAAACAGAGAGAGCAAAUAGCACACGACAACUAAAGAGACAAAGGAAAUGAGGUGAGUAGAGUCAUUGUUCCAACUAAGAAUAGGUACAGUGGACAAUCAAUCAUUGAUAAGGUUUCAGGACAGAAGGAGAGCAAGAUGGAAAAGGUGUUCUUUCAUGACUAUUACUACAUGAUAUGAUAUCUCGAGCCGAUGGUGACAAAAUUCUUGCUGGAACCCGGCGAAUGAACCUGAGCAGCUCAGACAUAGAUAGAUUGAGGCGCUCAGGUGAGCGAUGAUGGAAAGCUCAGUCGUUCACUUAAUAUUACUCUC